AGUACAGUCCAGAGCCACCUAAGCUAUUGUCAUCAUGCUGUCCUUAGCACUGUUCUACAUUUUGGCUGUUAUUUGCUCUGCCAGACGGACGCAUGCUCUACCACUGUAUCCAGACACAAGCUUGGAACCUCAAGAAGAGCUGAUCCAGAAGUUGGUGGCGGAGGUGGAGGAUGGAGAGAACGCUGAGCUGACUGACCAGAGAGAGGUGAAGAAUCUCUACCCUCUCCUGAUGCAGCGCAGUGGCGCCAGGGGUGCAUGGAAUAAAGCAGGAGCUAAAGAUUCUGUGCAGCAGGAUAAAUUUGUCAACAUGGUUGAUGAUCUGAAGGAGGUGGUGUUGAAGCUCGCUGCAGCCGACAAGCUUCGCUCUCAGGGCUUCCUUCGGUCUGAGCAGAAUUUGCCGAAAACCAACAAGAGAGCUUGCUUCUGGAAAUACUGUGUGACAAACUAGAAGCUGUGUGCUGGAGGAGAAUAAGAUCAUUUUUGACGAUACCUGUACAAGAACACCUUCUCACCACCCUCACCCCAAGCUGUGUCCCUUAUUAAAUAUUCAAAUUACAGCCCCAAGACAAUGGGUACAUUGUUCAUACAUAGAAACCUAGAGUAAAUGAUUGGUUUGAAAUAUAUUUUUUAAUCCCGUUGAAAAUGGCCUUGCAUUGAGGCUGGCUGACAAUAAAAUGAAAUAUACAGUAUAAUGUGGAUUGAAUGGAACAACUUUGUUUUUGAGACCAACACUGUGUCAGAUUGCAUAUACAUUUCUACACAAAUACACAGCGUACAUGCCUAGAACCAAUGCUUGGAAGUGAAAAGAAGUCAACAACAUUAGUCUAAGACAGUAAAAAAAUGUAUCAUAAGGAAUGAGGUUUUGAAGUGUCUGUCGUAUGUCUAGGAGAUAUUAAAAAGCUCAGGAUAUAUUUAACCCCUUAUUUGUUUGGGCACAAACUGCAACAAUACUUCCAUUUGUACCUUACAACCAUCGCGAGAGUCUCCUCUUUUCAAAGUGGUGUCAUAUUAGUUUGUAGCUUAACGGAUCGGACGCAACAGACAGAAGUUGGCACCUCAGUGUUACCGAAUUCAGACGAGUCCAGUGACACGUGGAGGUCGUAGAGCAAAAUGUAAAACC